AUGAUUCUGCAUAACCAACCAAUGGAGGUGCUCCUCGUGCAAAUUCUGAGAGCGGCAUGGCUCGCCGCCACGUUACCCAUCGUAAUCGCUUCCAUUCCCAUUCCCAACCUAAGCUUCCUCCGCCGCACCUUGCUUGCCUUCGCUGGGCGAGGCAAAAUCGUGCAAUCCUCAUCCCAAAAAUUCACGAUUCCUCAGAGGCUGUUUCUGCACUUCUACGCGGUGGCCUUUUUGUGGACGACGUUGCUGCUUGUCGCGACUUGGGCGUACGCCUACAGCAUGGUGCCGCUUGUCGCGGUGCCGUUUUCGUACUCUACUGUCACCAGUUUCUUGACGGGUGGUUCCAACAUAAGAACCGAUUCGUAUAAACUGAGGCAGGGUUAUGUGGCGUGGGAAGCGGUUUUUCUGCUUUUGAUGAUGGAACUUCACGUCUUCCGACGACUCUUUGAAACCAUUCAUGUGUUUGAGUACAGCCCUUUUGCUCGCAUGCAUGUCAUUGGUUAUCUCACUGGACUGUUUUUCUACAUAGCAGCACCACUAUCGCUGUGUGGUGAUUGUGCAGUUGAGGUGUUUAACUUCGUAGCAAAUCUAGUGACCGAGUUCAUUGUCAAGGGCAAGAAUCAGGUGCAAGUAACUGAGUUAGAAAUCUGGCAACUUUUAAAUCCUCUCUUCAGGCUUGGGUGGAAGCAUUGGAUUGGUGCAGCUGUUUUCUUGUGGGGUUGGAUUCAUCAAUACCAGUGCCAUAAGAUUCUUGGUUCUCUACGACAUUCAACACAAGCAGAUGAAUAUGUAAUUCCUCAUGGUGAUUGGUUUGAAAUCGUCUCCUCUCCACAUUAUCUCUCUGAGAUUGUUAUAUACGCUAGUUUUGUGGUCGCUACUGAAGGAUCCAACCUAACAAUCUGGUUACUUUUUGCUUUUGUGGUGGCAAAUCUGUCAUUUGCAGCUGUGGAAACACAUAACUGGUAUCGUCAGAAAUUUGAAGAUUAUCCAAGGAGUCGAUUUGCUAUAAUUCCAUAUAUUCUGUAA